UUGCAGAAAAUUUUUAAUUUUUAACAAAAAUUGACAUGGAAAAUUGUCGUGCAUGCUUGAGAAACUCCCAAAAUUUGUGUUCCUUAUCCGAAAACUAUCGAGAAAGCUUUUGUUCAAUAACGGGAGUGACUUUAUUCGAUGACACAGAGGAAUAUUUGUGCAAAAGUUGUUUAGGGCGCUUGUUGUAUGCCCAAAAAUUCCGUGAAGAAGCUCAAAAAGCUGAGAUUUGGUUCAACGAACAGCGAGAAAAUGUAUUAAAAAGUGAAGAAGUUCAAUAUAUUUACGAGGAUGAGGAGUUGGAAGAAGCCGAAGAUGUCGAAUAUUUAAUAGAAGAGCCUUUAGAUGACUUUGGCAACGAAGAAAAUCAAUUUUUGGAUGAAAUUUCAAAAGUUGAAGAUGAAAUGAAGGAUUUUUAUGUGAUAUUUGUUCAAAUUCAACAAUUUUUAAUACAAAAAUCGACUUGGAGACCCAUAUGAAGACAUUGCACACAACCCAAAAGCCUCUGGUAUGCGAAUUCUGUGGACAAUCCUUCAAGAAAUUCGCUCCAUUUACACUUCAUGUCAAAUCUCACAUCCAAAAACACGAAAAAUGUCCCGAAACAGGAUGCGGUAUGACAUUUUUACAAGGCCAGGACAUGACAAAACACCUUAAAAUCGCUCAUGGCAUCGAUAAAAAGCCAUUUUCCUGUGAUAAAUGCAAAGAAACCUUCUCAUUGGCAACAGAUUUGACAGUUCAUGUCAUGCAAAGACACGAAAAACAGCAAAGCGGCAGUAAAUGGAAGUGUCCUGAAUGCGAAAAAGAAUUUUCUUAUCCUUCACACUUGAAACAACACAUGGUCAGUCACUUGGGAGAGAAAAAUUUCGUAUGUAAAGUAUGUGAAAAGUCAUAUUUCAAAGCAAGUAACUUACGGAGACACUAUCAAAACUCACAUUUAACGAUUUAUAAGGAGAUGGUAGCGAAUGGCGAACUGAGGAGAGUUAAAGCUGACGACGAAUUAGAAUUAAAAGUCGAAGUUCAGAAAAACAUCAAAAAUCGACGUCAUAAAUGCUCUGAGCCCAAUUGCAAUGCAAGUUUCAACCAAGCCCGACAUUUACAGGAACAUUUAGAGAGCAAACACGGCCUCGAAGUGAUGUACCAAUGUGACGAUUGCGAUUCCGCCUUUGAAGAUGUCAUAAAUUUACGUUUGCAUCGCAAGGAAGUUCAUUCACUGAAGGGGCCUCACAUCUGCGACGCCUGUCAAAAGGUCUUUCCGUAUCCCUCGUUGUUGCGAAAUCACAUAGCUGUCGUUCAUCAUGGCGAAAACUUCUUCUGCGAGCUUUGUUCGAGAAGUUUUUCGCGAAAUUCGCAUUUAUUGCGGCAUCUGAGAGAGGCGCAUACGGAUUUUUACGAGCAAAAUGUUCGAGAAGGGAAAAUUACGCCCCGAAAGUCACGGAAAAAAAUUUAAAUAAAUGAUUUUUGCACAAAAAUCUUUUAAGAAGGUUCGAUUUUGGUCUUUUUGAUGCGUUUUCCUGUGCGAACCAUUUCCAAAUAAAGCUCUUGAUGAU